GCGCCGCCGCCGGGCGGGGACAGGAGCGCGGGGCAGGCGCAUGCGGUAGCGCGUGCGCGCGGGCGGCGGAGCCGUCGGGAUGUCGCGUUACGGCCGCUAUGGAGGCGAGACCAAGGUGUACGUGGGCAACCUGGGCACGGGCGCGGGCAAAGGCGAGCUGGAGAGAGCCUUCAGCUACUACGGCCCGCUGAGAACCGUGUGGAUCGCGAGGAACCCGCCGGGGUUCGCCUUUGUGGAGUUCGAGGACCCGCGGGACGCUGAAGAUGCCGUGCGUGGACUUGACGGGAAGGUGAUAUGUGGCUCGAGGGUGAGAGUGGAAGUGUCCACGGGAAUGCCGCGGCGCUCCCGUUACGACAGGCCCCCUGCCCGGCGCCCCUUUGACCCCAACGACAGAUGCUACGAGUGUGGUGAGAAAGGCCACUAUGCCUAUGACUGUCACCGCUACAGCCGCCGCAGGAGGAGCAGGUCCCGGUCUAGAUCGCGCUCGAGGUCCCGAGGAAGGAGAUAUUCUCGGUCACGCAGUCGGAGCCGUGGUAGGAGGUCCAGGUCAGCUUCCUAUCGUAGGUCCCGGUCUGUUUCUCCUCGUAGGUCUAGGUCCGUGUCUCCUCGCCGGUCCCGAUCGGCUUCCUUGAAGAGAUCAAGGUCUAGAUCAAGAUCCAGAUCUCGGUCAAGAUCUGUUACAUGGCCCCGAAGCAGGGAGAAAGUAGAAAAGCCUAAAGCUCAAGGCAGCAUUUUCUGACAGUGGAACAACAAGCAAUCAUGGGAGUUUUGAGGGAAGGGAGAGGUGAAGACCAGAAGAUGGCUUAAUUAAGAGCAGACACUCACACAGAGUAGUCCAGAAGCUAAUAAAGAGAGAAGGAAGUUCCCCAAGGCAGUAGAUCAGGUACACUUUUCUGCUUGUUGAAUCUUAAUACCAGUUGUUUCAACAUGACUUAAUCAUGGCUUAUCAAUGUUCAUUCUUGGUGAUGAGCAGAAAACAGCUACAGUCAGCAGAUUCUCAAAGGAAAAAACAUCUUGAUUUUACCACCAUUGUUUUCUCUUUUUCAAUACCAGGGUGGUUUUCUGCAGGGUAAAAGAUACCUUUAGUGACAUUUCUGGACUAUUGUGUGACAUCUUUCAUUGUAAGUAGAAAUUAGGUGACUGAGGCAGAGGAAGUUAUGGAUGUACAGGUGUAAAGAAGUGGCAAAAUAAUGGUGCUUAACUCCAAGGAGGUCACUGCUACACUUCACAUGAGGCAGUUGAAAGAUGGUUUCUUUACAGAAGAGUCCAAAGAAUGUGUCACACCUGGAGAAAAGCUCUGUAUUCAUGAGGAGGACAGACUAAACAAGUACAUGAUGUUUGCUGGUUUGACAGCAUCACAACAUACAUCUGGAAGUUUUUGUGGAAGGCCUUGGAUGUGGAAUAUAGAACGCUUCCUUUGGGGAUCUAAAAAUUUCAGUUAGGCUCUCAGGCAGUAUUAGUGUUUCUCAUGGUGCAGCAGUCUUAUCUCAAAGGCUGACAUUUAGGACAGUUUUUUUCACAAGGAUUAAGUUCAGACAUUUCAAAAAAUAUUUGAAGCAAGUGUAUGUAUAAGAUGAACUUCAUAGAGGAGAAAGAUACUUGAGGAAUGUGCUGUCUGCAGCCAGUUUAACUGUAGUGGUAGAUGUCUCAAGCCUAAUAAAACUUGCAAGUUUAGAGCAUGGCUUUAUAUUAGCUGUGUGAAAAUACUGGUCAGGAUUUGGGUUGUUCAUGUAUUCCUGCCACCUGCAUCAGCAAACACUGGUCAUAAGCCAGGGACCAAAGUACUGAGCAACAUGUGCAGCAUCCAUGUUUAAAGCUUUCUUCUGAAACUUAGCAGGCAAAGCCCUGGAAAGUUGCAGGAUUCUUUGUGUUCAGCAUGACAAUUCUCAUACAUUGAGUGUGACUGCUGCUGUCUCAAACAUGGGAACAUGUGUGCUAUCAGCUUCCAUGC